AUGGAAUUAGCAGAGCUGAAUCAGAGUGACACGAACUACACUGAGGAUGUCCUGCUGUAAUAUCCUAACUGGAGAGGGCAGUCAUUCCUGUGGGAAGAAAUGGCCCGGUUCCUGACUUAACACUGCCAGGCACCUGCCCAGUUUGAUCCAGAAAACGUGGUUGUUCUAAAUGACUGCUGUGCUCUGGUUUCCAUGCUGGCCAUGGCUCUGUAUGAUCCAGGUGAGGCCUUUCUGACCAACCCCUUCUAUGGUGGCUUCAUCUUUAGUUCCCACCUGUAUUCGAAAAGUGAACUGAUUCUUGUCCACCUGGACAGUGAGAUCACCAGUGUGAACACCCACCCAUUCCAGCUCACUGUGGACAAGUUGGAGCAAGCCCUGCUUGAGGCUAGACUUAACGUAAGGAAGGAACCAUAACUCAUGAUAAUCAAUCCUCAGAAUCCUGGAGAGAUCUACUCCUGAGACUCACUGAAAGAAUACCUGGAAUUUGCCAAGAGGUACAACCUACAUGUGAUUAUAGAUGAGAUUUACAUGCUGUCUGUGUUUGAUGAAUCCAUCACAUUCCACAGUGUCCUGAGCGUGGAAAGUUUGCCUGACCCCAACAGGACCCAUGUGAUCUGGGGCACCAGCAAGGAUUUUGGCAUCUCUGGCUUCCACUUUGGAGCUCUGCACACCCAAAACAAGGAGGUGGCCUCUGCUGUGAGCUCUUUUGACUACCUCCACAACAUCUUGGGAGUUCUUCAGAGUCCAUUGUGUGAGACUCUAAGGCAAACAGAAUGGAUUGACAAAGUGUACCUGCCCACUAAUUGCUCCCGGCUACAGGCAGCUCACAAGUACAUCACUAACAAGUUGAAGGCAUGGAAGAUCCCCUUUCUCAAUUGUGACUCUGGCCUCUAUAUUUGGAUCACCUGGAAAAGGUGAGCUUUGGGAUAUCUGGACCCAUGCACAUUUGAGGAGGAGCUGCUCCUUCACCGUGGCCUCUUGGAUAACAAGCUGAUGUUAUUCCAUGGCAAGUCCUACCUGUGAAAGGUGCCUGGCUGGUUCCACCUCAUCUUUGCAUUAAGCCUCCACCAGCUAAAACUCGCCAUGGAUUGGUUCUAUCAUGUGCUAGCAGAGCAGAAGCAGGAUUUGAUUGUAAAGCAACUGGGAGAUGCAAACAGAGAGGAAGUGGUCUGCCUCCCAACCAGCUGCUCCAGUCAGUCAUGCCCAGAGAGUCCCUAACAUCAGCCUCUGGUCCAGAAGUUGGGGUACUGACCUCAUACUAUAACUGGACAAACAGUGGACCCCUCUGUGAAUGGUCUCAUCUGACCUAGCCAGCAACCUCCUAAG